AUGUCAAACUAUGAAAGUAGUAGAAAGGAUUCUUCUACUUUCCAACAAAACAAAAUGCCAUUCGGUUCACUAACUGCAUGGACAAAGCAUUGCAAAAUAGAAACAUCAUACUUUCCUUUUAGCACAUCAAUUUCCCACCACAAUAAUCAACUUUCUUCCACUUUCACCAACAAUCGAACAAUACUCCUCUUGACUUGCAUUUAUUUAUCACUCAUCCUAACCUGUUCUCCAAUUCACUGUGACACCAUCACCAUCCCAUCAAACUCUACAUUCUAUACCCUUCCCAAUGAUACUCCAACUUUCGGAACUUUUAAAGUUACUGUUUCGUAUGCUGUCAGUCCAAGCACCUAUCUCCAAAACAUUUCCUUCUCUCUCAUGUAUCUGAAUGUAAAUUCAUAUACUGCCUUUUUAUCAGAUCCAUCGGCUUUUGAAGCAGAUCCUGCAAAAUUUGAUGGUGAAAUUGAUCUUUUCCAAUCAUCAAAACCAUCAGGUUCUAUUCAGAUAUCAGAGAUGAGAUUUACCGAAAAUACCAAGUUGAAUCAGUACAAGUAUAUUAUUAGGAAAAAAGAAAAAUCAUUGCAAUAUACAUUGGCUAUUACAAAGUUUACAUUGGAAGAGACGUGGAGAGUUUAUGAUCGAUUACUUUUGGGUAUGCAAAGUGUGGAUAUUCCGAGUGGGUUGACUGAGAAGUAUGUUUGUGAGGUUUGUUCAAGUAGAGUUAUUGAUGUGAAUGAAUUGGAUGCAAAGGUAUCGUACACUGUGACAGUUUCACCGUAUGCUACUGGACGUGUCUCAUUAAUUAAUGUGAAAUUGUCAACUCAAGAGGAUCUGGUUUGGUCAUCAGAUCAGACGCUGAUUCUUAAGGAUAGUAGGUCAACACUCACAUUUACUACCAAUUCAAACUCAAUCAAAACUCUGUACGUUCAAGUAACAGCACUUAAUUGUUCAUUGAAUGAUCAGAUUUUGGACAGAUGUCAAUUCUCUUUCAAUGUCAAACCUGUCAAUUCAAAAUCUUUGACUUCUGCAAGUGCUGAUACAGCUAUUGUGGUGACUGCUGUUAUUUUGAGCUUGAUUAUUCUAUUGGCAAUUUUAUUAUCGAGUGGAUACUUUUAUUAUAGAUACAGAAUGAGUAAAAGAUAUGAGGAGGCAAGAUUACAAACAAUGAGAGAAAUGACUAGUAGAGCCCAACUGUCACUUGCCAAUGGAUCCAAUGUUCAAACUGUGGAUGAGAGUCAGAGACCUCAUGAUCCAUUUGUGAGAUUGGAUAAACUUCAUGGAUACUCAUUGGAUUCAAGUACUCAUUUUGUAAUGGAUGCACUUCCAAAAGUAAAUAUUAAUUUGGCUACCACACCAACAACCCCAGAGCCAGUAGUUCAGUACGGCGUCGAUACUAAGAGAUUAUCCCAACGUGUAUCUGAUGCACAUGCACCAAUAGAAACAGAUUCCAUUAAAUUGGCAGUACAAAAUGAAAAGGAUCAUAAAUAA